UACGUCAUUGACAUGUCAACACGACUUACGUUAUCACUGAUAGGACAACAGUUUAGGCCGCGCCGCUCUCUGACCGCCCGUGUACUUUCUCUUGCCACCAUGGAACCGAAAAUUAGCCUCAAGGAUGACCCGGCGUAUCAAACUCUACAAAGUUUUUACUGUCUGAACCAUGAUAAAAUUAACAUUCAACAGCUAUUCCAACAGGACCCACAGCGGUUUGAAAAAUUCAGUCUCCGCCUGCCCACACCCAAUGAUGGCGAGAUCCUGCUCGACUAUUCCAAGAACCGAGUGGACAACGCUGUCAUGGCGCUCCUCCUGAACCUGGCCCGCACCCGCGGCGUGGAGAAGGCUCGAGAUGCCAUGUUUGCAGGUGAAAAGAUCAACUUCGCCGAAAACCGUGCCGUUCUGCACAUCGCCCUUCGUAACCGCAAGAACAGGCCCAUCCUAGUCGACGGAGCCGAUGUCACGCCAGACGUCAACGCAGUCCUGGCGCAUAUGAAGGAGUUCUCGGGACAAGUCAUCAGUGGCCAGUGGAAGGGAUACACUGGCAAGGCGAUCACCGACGUGGUCAACAUUGGUAUCGGCGGCUCGGACCUCGGCCCUCUCAUGGUCACCGAAGCCCUGAAGCCCUACGCCAACCAUCUUAAGGUCCACUUCGUGUCCAACAUCGAUGGCACCCACCUCGCCGAGGUGCUCAAGCGCCUCAACCCUGAAACGGCGCUCUUCAUCGUGGCAUCCAAGACCUUCACCACGCAGGAGACCAUCACCAACGCCACCUCCGCCAAGAACUGGUUCCUCGAGGCAGCCAAGGAUCCGUCAGCGGUGGCCAAGCACUUCGUGGCGCUGUCAACCAACGGCGAGAAAGUGACCGCUUUCGGCAUCGACCCUAAGAACAUGUUCGGAUUCUGGGACUGGGUCGGCGGCAGGUACUCACUGUGGUCGGCGAUCGGUCUAUCCAUCUCCCUCUACGUGGGCUACGACAACUUCGAGAAGCUUCUAGACGGAGCCAGCUACAUGGACGACCAUUUCUGUACCGCGCCUUUGGAUAAGAAUGCACCCGUUAUCCUAGCGCUGCUGGGUGUAUGGUACAGCAACUUCCACGGCGCGGAGACCCACGCCCUGCUGCCCUACGACCAGUAUUUACACAGAUUCGCUGCCUACUUCCAACAAGGUGACAUGGAGAGUAACGGCAAAUACGUAACACGGAGCGGGCAACAAGUCAACUACUCCACCGGCCCCAUCGUGUGGGGAGAACCGGGGACAAAUGGACAGCACGCGUUCUACCAGCUCAUACACCAGGGGACUAGAUUGAUCCCCUGCGACUUCAUCGCCCCAGCGCAGACCCACAACCCGAUCGCCGGCGGGCAGCACCACAAGAUCUUGCUGGCAAACUUCUUGGCCCAAACCGAGGCGCUCAUGAAGGGCAAGACAGCGGAAGAGGCUAAGGCAGAGUUAGAGAAGUCCGGCAUGGCACCAGAGGCAGUAGCCAAGAUUCUCCCCCACAAGGUGUUCAAGGGCAACCGCCCCACCAACUCCAUCGUCGUGAAGAAGGUCACGCCCUUCGUUCUCGGAGCUCUUAUUGCCAUGUACGAACACAAGAUCUUCACCCAAGGCGUGAUCUGGGACAUCAACUCCUUCGACCAGUGGGGCGUGGAGCUUGGCAAGCAACUGGCCAAGGCCAUCGAGCCAGAACUGGCCGACUCCAAGCCUGUGACGUCACAUGACGCCUCCACCAACGGACUUAUCAACUUCUUGAAGCAGAACUUCGCUUAGAAGUAUUUACAUCGAAACUUACUAUGUCUAUCUACAUCAGACAGAAAAAACCUUGACAUUUGAAAAGUCCCGUCUCUCGCAGGUAUAACAAUCGGAAUGCUAUUCUUUUAAAGCUCAAGGUCGUGUUUUGGCUGGCAAUUUUAGACUCCUGAGACUUAGCGGUUAAUAUCAGCUUCAGCGCUCCUUAACCUUUUGAACGCCAAGAACACCUAAAGACGCCUUAGCUAGUCGUGCCUACAGCGCCAUGGACAACUUUAAGUGUUAUGGCGUACGCUGUCAAAGUAACCUCAACUUUCACACUUUCAAGUAAGGUUUACAUUAGCUCGCUUGCGCCCGGGACCUUGGCGUGUGAGAGACGUUUUUGUUUAUGACUUAAAGCUUUCAAAGGGUCAAUAAAAUGUCUAUAACAUGAUUUAUAGACAGUAAUUAAGGAAAGGAAAAUAUUAGAAAAAAAUAAUCACGGCACACGAGAGGUUAAAAUACUCUAGCUAAAUGUAAUAGAGCUAUUUAUCUAUUGUCUCAAAUAGAUACACUUCUGGCUGGUCUUGUUUCACGAAAAUUUGUAACAUAAAAAUUACUGGAAGUCCCUUUCUCAAAGAAAAACUAUUCUGCUAGUGCUGUGUUAGAAGUUUUGUGAAACAAGUCCCUGGUGUUACUUACUAUGGAAUAAAUAUGUACUUAUAGCUUGUUAUGGUACAAACAGCAAUUAUAUUUUUAUUAUCUAUGCAUUCUCGUUGAGUAGGUGUUGCAUUCAAUAUUUUGCACUUACUGCCAUUUUGCUUUUCCAAAAAAAUAUUUAUUUUUGUUUAUAAGCUUUAUUUAUUUUUGUGAAUGUCUUUACUACAUAUAUUUUUGUUUCUUUUAUCGCUUCAAUGAAGUAUUACGUAGUAGCUCUUAUCUUAAGUAUAACUGUGUGUAUGUCACUAUAUCAGAUCUAAAAUAUAUUUUAAUGUUGCUUAGUUUGAUGUAUGUAUGUUGAUGUUUAUAUAAAAAUAAAUCACUGUUUUAAAAUCUUU